AAAAAAAUGCAUGUUCCUUCCCUCCUGUGUGAUCACCUGCCCCUCCCUAAUAUGUGGCGCAUGUAUCUUCUGCUUCCAUUCCGUCUGUGUAUAUACUCCCUUUUCUCUCUAGAUCUCUGCAAUGUCAUUGUGUUUUCCCUCAGGAAGAUGUUUGUUCCAGCGUUACACAUUUCCCUGCGUCAGGUCUUCAUGUUUUAGACCCUGCCCAUGGUUUUUUGUCAACUACAGGUAUCGGUACCUCUACUUUAAUUACUGUGCUAUGAUGUUCAGUAAAAUCUAUUUGAUCUUGCUCCUGAGGUCUCGUACCCUUUAGCACUGAAGAGGAAAUGCCCAGUGAUUUCAGCAGUUGAUCUACAAUGAGCCACUCAAAGGCGGCACUGCCGCAGAUUGAAAAAUGGACAACAGAAGAUGUCCACCAGUGGUUGACAGAGGAAGUCAAGGUUGAUAAGACUUGUGCAGACAACUUUGUUGAAGAAGAAGUGUCAGGGAAAUAUUUAAUUGACUUUGAGAAGACAGAUAUCCUGGAUUUGGGAAUAAAGCAUGGGCCUGCUGUCAAAAUCAAAUCUCAUUUAAAAAAAAUAAGAGAGGGAUCAAAACAUGAGCUACAGAUUCCAGCUUAUGUGGCAAACUGGACAAAAGAGCAAGUUUACCAGUGGUUACUACAACAUGCAGAUGUAUACUCCAAGUAUGCAGAACGGCUUCAUGAGGAGGAUGUGUGUGGAGACUGCCUGGUCUGCUUUGAGAAGCAGGACUUUCUGGAUCUGGAUGUGAAAAACGGUCCUGCUGUCAGAAUUCUGAAAGAACUUCACAAGCUGAAAGAUAAACCAGAACCAGCACUGGAACCCAUCCUUCCUCCCACUGCACUCCAGAAGGACGCCCCACAGCCCACUCAACCUGAACUGAACCCUUCGCAACAACCACAACCCUUCGACAAUACAGAUCUGAAAAAAGAAGAAAUAAACAGAAAUGCACUCAGUAAGACUCCUAUGCCUGCGGAGACAGUUCUAGAAGAGAACAAAAGUCAACACACAGGGAAGCAGCAGGAGCCAAAGCCACUGGGCUCAAAGACGAAUGAAGAUGUGAAACAAAAGAUACCCCAAACCCAAAACACAAACUGUUGGGAUGGUGAGACACUCCAGAGCAGUUUGAAGAUUCAGAAAAUCCUAGCUGACCUUCUGAAAGAGGAGCUUAAGACAUUUCAUUUCCAUUUACAAGAAUACCGCAGACAUAAGAAUCAACCUAUUCCUCGUGGAAAUUUGGAGGGCAAGGACACCAUAGACACUGCAAAGUUAUUGCUUAGUCACUAUGGAAACGUGGAUGCAUUACAGGUUACACGAGAUAUUCUUUACCAGAUCGAUCAACGGGAUCUUGCUUCUCGACUGGAAAAAGAUAUGGGUCCACUGAAGCUGCAGAGCCAUUCAGAUGAUGCUUUGAAGAGAGAAUCUCACCAGGGUGAUAAACUGAAAAAUCUGUUAACUUGUGGUGGGAACUCACUUGACAACUAUGACAGAUUUGUUGUUAUUGUAAACAAAAGUAAACCAGGACAGGCGGAGCACCUUCAGUUUCUGAGUACACUGAAGCUGUUCUGUGUGUUAGACUUGGAUCCAAACUCUAAUGCUCCAGGUGGAGUGUGCCAUUCCUACAGAGACACAAGAGUGGCCAAUCUGCACAUCCCAUCACAGUAUCAAGGGCAGACAGACUCUGUGAUUAAAAAUCUGAACCUUAACCAGCAGACCAGCUGGGUGUUCUGUAAUGGAAGAAAUGACAUUGACGAUGAGUCCAACAAAGAGCUGGAUUAUAAGAACUGGUUAAGGAAAUCUUGUAGUGAUGUAGAACAACUGGUUUCAUUCAUUUGCACACCUGAUGUCCUUGAUGGCAUAGGCCUAAUCAUAUUCCUCCUACUUUCCCCUGUGGACAGUGAGAAAGACCCCAUUUUUGACAUCUACAAGAGUUUCUUAAAACGCACUGAUGAGGAAAACAUCAUCACUAUAUGUGAAUCUCAGAGCACAUAUUUGAAAUGGAAGGAGCUAACCCAGGAAAAGUGUGACUCUGACAUUGACCCACUAUCCAUAUAUGAGCUGACCCUCAGCCAGGUCAAUGGUACUGUAAUGGCACUGGAGCCGUUCAACCAAACAGAAAAGCUUCUUCCCUCUUCUGACUCCAGUGCUGUUGUUCUGAAACAGAAGGAUGAAGAUUUGAUGACAGCUCUUGACAUUUUGUGUCUGAAUCACUGUGAGAACGGAUAUGAUGAAAACAGUUCAGAAUUCGCUGCCUUCAGAAUGAAAGUUGAAGAGGAAUUCUACAGAGGAGGGAAAGUCAAAUGGUGGAACUUCUACUUCUGUGACAUAGAUAAAGACAGGCCAUUUAUUAAGAGGGACAAGUAUGAAAGUCUGAAGAAACUGGUUAGAAACCAGCAAGAUUCAAACAACACUUGUGUUCUGCUCAAUUUCUUCCAUCAUCCAGGAUGUGGUGGAACCACCUUGGCAAUGCAUGUGAUGUGGGAUCUCCGGAAAGAGUUCAGAUGUGCUGUGCUCAAGGACAACACACUGCCAAAAGCAGAAGUGGCUGAUCAAGUUAUAAAACUCAUGAAGCUUGAAAGUGGGAAGCCAUCUCCAGUUCUGCUAUUAGUUGAUGAUUCAAAAGAUACACAAAACGCGUAUGAGCUUGUAUAUUGCAUCCGUAAAGCUCGAGAGGGUUAUUCAAACAGAAAUACAGAUGAUACAAAAAACAGCAAAGUCAUUAUCCUUAACUGUGUCCGUUCCCAAAGUCCUAAAGAGCAAUACAAGCAGCAGAAUCCAAUGCAGUCCCAGUUCAUUACUGCUUCACUGACAAAAGAAGAACAGAGGGACUUUGAGAAGAAGCUUAAAGAGCUCAAAGAAACUCAUGAAAAGCCUGAAAAUUUCUACAGUUUCAUGAUCAUGAAAAGUAAUUUUGACAGAAAAUACACAGCAGACCUUGCUCACAACACACUGGAGAACUUUGAUUUCAACACAAAGCAGGCUCAGCUAUUUGCUUUUCUUGCCCUACUGAACACUUACGUGACAAAAUCCGAAAUAUCUCUCUCCUGCUGUAAGGAUUUUUGUGAGAUAAAAAUGCUUCGCUGGCAUGCAGACAAUGUAUUAGACAGAAUGAAGCCUUACUCAAACUUACUAACUAUAGUCAAACGAGGGGGAGGCCGCAAAGGAGUCACAAUUCUUCAUCACUUAAUAGCAACUGCAUGUCUGGAAGAACUGGAGAAAAGCCACUCGCUAAAAGUAAGUGACAUUGCCAUGGAGAUUCUUGAAUGUGAUCUGUUCUUCAGAGAUGCAUCUGUCCAAAGCAGAUUCAUGGUGUCCAUUAGGCGAAUGCUGAUAGAGAGGCAACGCAAGAAAGAUGGAGAUGAGAGAGAACCAUUUUCUCCUUUCAUAGAUAAAGUCCACAGCCAGCAAGGACGACAAACUGUCCAAGAAAUUUUUGAGAAAGCAUCCUCCAAGUUUGAGACCCUUGCAUCCAUUCCUCAAGCACUGGCAAGGUACUUGUAUAUCAAUGAGCGCGACUUCCCAGAGGCUCUGAAAUGGGCGGAAAAUGCAAAAAACAUCACAGAAAACCCAUACACCUUUGACACAAUUGGGCAGGUUCACAAAAGCAACCUGAAAUCAAACAUCGAUAGAGUAAAGCAAGAGACAUCACACAACCCAGAUGACCUGAAGACCAACAUCAAAAUAGCAGAAAAUGCAAUCACAGCAUUUAAAAGAGCUCAAGAGCUGGAAAGAACAGAGGAUGAACUAGAGGAGGAAACAGCUGAUGAUGACUCAGAGGACUAUCCCAAAAACUCAUACAAUGUUAAGGGCUAUGUUGGAGUGCUGGAUAUUGCCUUUCUAGUCUUUGAGAUAUUGGGCAGAUUGCCCCUCUUUGAGGAAAGUGAUCCAAAGAAGAAAAAGUACUUAAAAUGUUUUUUAGAGAAAGAAAUUCCAAUCUCUAGCAUGUAUACGGAGAGUAAUGAGAUCAACAGAUAUGUAAAGAUCAUCAAUGAAAAUGAAUACUUUCUCCUGAAUCUGAAAACUGAAGUAAAAGACAUAUUUGAACAUCUUGAGUGUUACUACACAUAUUUCAAAGCAAACACUUCAGAAUUUGAUUCAAAGAACCGCUUAAUAGUCACUGGUCAUUUCAAAAAGUAUGUGAUGCUUUUUUGCACUGAACCAGAAGAAAAGAAAAAAGAACGACACAACAAUCCAAAUCUCAGUGUGAAAAUUAUUACUGAAGAACGAAGACUGUUUCUGGAAUGGAAACGUGCAGACACAUUUGCAGGGAUUCUUCAGCACCUUGACAAACCUCCUCAAGAGAUCGAGAGGAUCACAGAAUGCUACGCGUUCCUGCAGCAACAGCAGCAGUUUGACAGCAAAGGCCAAAAGAUGAAAGAAACAAUAAAUUACCUUCUGUCAAACGUUGUUCUUAACCUUUUGAAACCCACAUCUAAACAUGUGCAGAGUUACAGCUUCCUCUCCACUUUGCUUCUGAAAACUCUGCAAGAUGUAGGGCUAUACUACCGUUUUCCAGAUCCCUAUUACCUGGCUUUACUGUUGUUUUGGCCAAGUCCUUCAGAACAAAACCCAGAAAUUGGUAAAUAUAUUAGUGCAAUAAAAAACUCAUCUCGCAAGCGGCUGAAUUUAUUAGUCAAAAACAGAGGCACAGUUGCUCAUGUCUACCUAGGGAAAGGAAAGGGAUUCAAGAGGCUCGUCUCUAAACCUCAGCUAGAUAAGAAUUUCAGAGAGAUGGACCGUGGCAUAGACAGAUGUGCCUUGGCACAACUUUGGCGAAGUGGAGAUAUUUUCAAAUACGAAAAGAUCAUCAACCGCCUCCAUCGAGUCAGUGGAACCAUUGAGCAAGGACAGGUCUACGCCACCUAUGGUACACUGAAACUCCCUGUGCACCCAGCUCUUGGUGCUGGCAUAAGAAGUGGGUGGAGCACUGAGAAGGUUUCCUUUUACCUUGGUUUUGCUAUUGAUGGACCCCUUGCUUAUGAUAUCCAGUAUGAAAGUUAAGGCAGCUAACUUUACAGACAAAAACAAGUCCCUGUCCAUAAAGACACACUGACAAAAGUUUUGCAGACAGAAACUUGUUAUGUUGAACAAAACUGACUGUAUGUUAAUUCUCUGAUCUACUGGUGCACCGCAAGGAUGUGUCCUCUGUCCUCUGCUGUAUAUACUGAAAACCAGUGACUGCCCCAGUAUGUAUGAAAACCAUCAGAUAUUGAAGUUUGCAGGUGACAGUCAUAAUGAGCCUGCUGAACAGUACUGAAACCUCUCAUGGUACUGACGCUAUUUUUUUUUUUUUUUUUAAAUGGUGUCAAGAAUUUUUUUGUUUUUACCUUUGAAUGUUUCUAAGACGAUGUGUAUUAUAUGCGUACUGGUUUUAUAAUGCCAUUCCUGUACAUUCUGACUAUGUCUGUUAACGCUUUUUCAUCAUUUAAGAAUUUUUUGGUUUCUAUCUAAAGAUGCAGCACUUCUGGCAGGGGCAAUAUAAUACACAAAACAGUCUGUAAAUAUCAUAUAAUAACCUGAAAAAUAAACAACUGCUGAUUUUCUUGCAGGAGCCCACUGACCUAGCAUCACUAACUGCAUUUUGGACCGGACCCCCUCCGGCCCUUGGCUGCGCCUAGAAAUUCUGUCCAUAAAAAUUAUGAACAGAACCGGUGACAAAGGGCCCCACUGUUCUCAAUUUAUAUAAAUUAAAUAACAAACUUAAAAAACAAACAAACACUGAAACAUGUAAAAACCAAACAAGCCUUGACCGUGUAUGGAAAUUUUAAUGUAUUGAUACCUGAGUAGACCUCUGUCUUUUAUUUUAGUUUAUAUACAGGGUGGGGAAGCAAAAUUUACAAUAUUUUGAGGUAGGGAUUGAAAGACAGUGUAUGACCAAUUAGUUUAUUGAAAGUCAUGAGAAUUUA